AUGAGGAUAUUUAGCGUAGUUGAAUGCACUAUAUACUUGAUUUUUAUAGCAUAUUUAGUUUACGAAUACAGUUCCAAAAAGGUUCCCUAUUAUGUCAAAAUCAUUACCUAUAUUUCAUGGGUUAUUUCAUUUGGGUUUGUAUUUGUUCUUCCUCUUGAUAUUUAUUAUACUUAGCAUAAUCUUUCGUUAAAGAGGCAUAAUUUAGAUCCUAAGCUUUUAGAUACAUACGAAAUUAAGUAUAUAGAACUUACUUGGUCAGUUAUUUAUUGGAUUAACUUUUUGUUGAUAUGGUUUAUCUUACCGAUAUUGCAAGAAUUUGAAGACGCAGGUGAAUUUACUAUUAAAGAUAAGCUAAAAAGAUCCCUUUAUAAUAACGCACUAUUGUAUGGUAUAUUUGUUCUACUUGGUGGGUUGUUUAUGAUUUACUUAUCUUACUAUGGUAAAAUGACAAUGUCGGCUAUGAUGGAGUUUUUUGCAGGGCUAUCAAAUUGCUUUGGUACAUUUUUAGUUAUUUUAUUGAUGGGACAUGGACUGGUAGCGAUACCUAAAAAGUAUAUUAAUGAAAGAACUCAAGAGCUCAAUUUAAAGUACUAUUAGGGUAUAGCAAAGAAAUCAGAGUAAACUAAAGUGAAUGCAAAAUAUUAAAUGGAGAGAUUGAUAAAGAUAGUUUAUUUAAUGAAAGAAUAGUAUUCUGAUAAACAUGUAGGAUAAUAUUGCACUAAAAUCUUGGAAGAAGUAAAUCCGUAAAUUAUGAAUGAUGUAAUUAAGGACUUGAGAUACACUAAUUUAGAAGAUUUAAGCAGAGAUCUUACUGAUAUCAAUAUGAAUAAAAUAGUUUCAUUAAAUAGAUAGGUUAAAAAAAGUAUUGCAGAUUAUUUGAGAGCAGAAACUAAGUGGUAGAUUUUACUGGAUAACGCUUUCUUAGUUGAAGAUAUCCUCGAAAAUUAGUUUUCUAUUCACUAUAAAAUUAGAAGCACAUUUUGGGUAGAAAGAAGUGGCUAUGUUGGGGAUAUUCUUGAUAAAAUUUAAUGGUUUUGGUAUGUUAAGAUAAAAUCUAUCUUAAAACUAGUUCUAGGAGUUAUUUUUAGCAUUUUUAGUUUGAUAAUAAUUUAUGGAGAAUUAUCAAUGUUCUUAGAUUUAGAUAUUAGCAUUUUCAAAAUAUUUAGUUAAAGCGAUGAAUAUUUCAAAACAUAAAUCCUAAUCUUAAUCCCUCUUUUAUACAUUUCAUUUUGCUCUUAUUAUGGGCUCUUCCAUAUAUAAUUUUCUGGGUUUUAUUGUUUCUUUAAACACCACAACACUGAUGCACCAUCUCUCCUUUUUGGCUCUAUAAAUUUUUCGAGAGUGAGUGCUCCAUUGUGUUAUAAUUUCUUAUAAAUGAUGAGAAUAUAAAACACUAGCUGCGAAUAAGUUAUUGGUAAAUUCGACACAAGUGUUUUUGGAUCUUUUUCAGCAGUUUUCUUUCCUGUAGUCCUUAUCAUUUUUACUCUAUUUAAUUUUUUUGAUAUCUACGAUUUAAUUGUUGAAAAAUUCAAUCUUCAAUAACUUGAAUUCUCCCAUUAACCUAUUUAAUCAGACAUAGAUGAAGGUAAAAAGAUUCUAUACAAAGCUCGCUUGCAUAGAGAACGUAAAUUCCUAACAAAAUAAUCAACCGAUUUAAGAAAUUUUAAUGGAUAUUCAAUCAACUAAUUUAGCACAAGAAUUUCAAUGUAUAAUGAUGAUGAAAACAGAAACAUAAUACCUUAUGAAAAUUAAUAAAAUAAACAAAGAAGUUUUUCGACUUCUUCAUUGUUAACUAAUUCAAGAAAUAGCAAUUUUUAUAAAGAUAUUCUCAAAAUUUGA